CAUAUGCAGUACUGUAUGUGGAGGAGCAGACUUCCCGCAGGGAUCUCCAGGAUUAAGCACACUGCUGUUUUAUAUGGCUCACACAAGAAAGUGAAGUUGUGUCGCAAAUACCCCGUGGCCUGUGCUCGUCCACCAAGUGUCCCGGGGAACAAACUGCGUCAAAAAUGGAGCAAGAAUUUGAAGACAUUGACUCGUCCGGGAGAUGGCAGAACCUCUACAAUGAGAUCAGGAACCAAGCCAGUGAAUAUCCUUAUAGAGUGGCAAAACUACCAGCAAAUCGGAAUUUGAACCGCUACAGAGAUGUCAGCCCAUACGACCAUAGUCGAGUAAAACUUGAAAACUCAGAAAAUGACUACAUCAAUGCAAGUUUAGUAAUGGUGGAAGAAGCCCAAAGAGCUUACAUUCUUUCUCAGGGGCCUUUGAGAAACACAUGUGGUCACUUCUGGCUGAUGGUUUGGCAGCAGUGUUGCAAAGCUGUCAUAAUGCUGAACAGAGUGAUUGAAAAAGGAUCAGAAAAGUGUGCCCAGUACUGGCCAACAUCUGAGGAGCUGCAGAUGUCCUUUACUGACACAGGGUUUGUCAUCAGGCUACUUUCAGAGGAAGAUCAUUUCUAUUACACAAUCAGACUACUUGAACUGCUGAACAUAAAGACUGGAGAGUCGAGGGAGAUCUACCACUUCCACUACACCACAUGGCCCGACUUUGGAGUCCCAGAAUCUCCUGCCUCCUUUCUUAAUUUUCUCCUCAAGGUCAGAGAAUCUGGCUCGUUAGGCCCAGAGCAUGGACCCUCAGUGGUACAUUGCAGUGCUGGGAUUGGACGCUCAGGGACGUUUGCCUUGGUGGACACCUGCCUGGUCUUGCAGAUUGAAAAAUGCAAGAACCCGUCUUCAGUAGACAUACAGAAGGUGCUGCUGGACAUGAGGGAAUAUCGUAUGGGCCUGAUCCAGACCCCUGACCAGCUACGCUUCUCCUACAUGGCUGUGAUUGAGGGAGCAAAGCUGAUUCCGACUGACAACAUAGAGCCACAGCAAAACCAGUACGUGCAGCUCAGUUCCACCCCCACCCUCGAAUCAGAGCUCCCUCCUCCACCUCCUCCACCCAGACCUCACCUUAAUGAAAGCAGGCCAAAUGGCCAGCUCACCUGUGUGGAGACACAGGCUGACUCAGGAGACCAUCUGCCUGCAACAGAGGUGGACAGCCAUGACCACAGUGUGGUAGAGCGUUCUGGCAGCCUCAGGAAGAGACAUCGCGAAGAGAGGAUUGCCAGCACUGCACAGAAGGUCCAGCAGAUGAAACAGAGACUGACCGACUCGGAGAAGAAACAGGAGAAGUGGCAGUACUGGAGGCCCAUCCUCCUUAACGUCGGCGCUGGUGCAGCUGUUGCCGCCGGCCUGCUCCUCUGCUGGAUGUACGCCCAGUGAUACACGAUGGCUCACUUCAAACUGACUCUUAUUCUGCACCAGUACCUAGGGUUAGGUACAUCUCUUUGCAGGUUUAGUCAACAAAAUGUGCAUAACUGAGGGUAUUUAUUUCUUUGAGGUAAAAAUGCAGGAGCGCUGGAUCAAAUGAGUAUGUAUAUAUUUUUCAUGUAACACCUUAACAAAAUGGUAACAUCUCAGGAUCUUGGUGCCAGCACGAUGAUUUGAUAUUUCUUUUUCUUCUUGUCACUGUUGAUGAAUGUACUGUAUCAUAGCAAAUUGCUUUAAAAGAGUUUUACCCAAGAUGCAGUAAAAAAAAAGACAAAAAAUA